AUACUCUUUGUGAAAUCAAUGAUGGCGAUUGGCAAAUGGCGAUGUUUGUUAUUGUAAAAUAAUUGAAAAGUAAAAUAGAAGUCUAUUCCUGAUUCUGAUAAAUCGUUUAAUCGGAGCUUACCUUUAACAGUAUGUAUAUUAAUUGUUUAGAAUUAUAAACACUUUGGUACUUACUUUACUGGUUCCGUGACCCAAUGCGGAGGGGUUGUUCCCUGUUCUGUUCCCAUUGAAACACACCACAGUUUUACGAUCUAUCUGUGGACACACUCCCGUGAGUAAGACUGUGUCAGCGGAGAAAAAAUCCUCGAGAGUCCCAGUGUGACACGAGGAAAUUUUGGGCUCCAACUAAAAUCUGCCAUUUUGCGCCGUUUGACUCUUCAGAUGCUUCAGAUUACGCUUAGCGUAAAAUACUCCGAGAUGAUCGUUUCCAUCGAGGCAUCGAACCCGAAGAUGAUUCGCUGUGGAUGCCGUCCCAGCUGCUGUGCGCCACCACGUCUGUCAUGUACCAUUUGCCCGACACUCAGGUGCAAAUAUUCCGCAUGUACCUAUCAAUGGCGCUGUCUCCGCGGCGCACGCUCAACGGGCGGCUGUGCGUGUGGGCGUGCGGGCGCUGCGGCGAGGCGGCGGGCGCGGCGCCGCACGUCGCGGCCGCGGCGAGGGCCGCUGCUGCCCAGAUGCUCAGAGCGUACUGUGCUCAGUUAGAUGAAGAAUGUCAAGAAUUGCUAUCAGAAGGUUCUCCUUUGGGCAGAAACCACAUAGUGGCUGUGGGAUGUUACAGUGAAGUUAUACCUGUCAUCCAAUAUCUAUGCAGCAGGCUCUCUGAAACUCAGUUGAUACCAAAACAGAAUCCAUUAGCGUUAUUCUUUUUGGACUGUCUCCUGACAUUGAUGUCAAGUCUUUCGGAGCGAGUAAGUGGAAACUCUCACUUCACCACAUUCUUAUGGCAGAAGUUUUGCCCAUCGCUCAUAUCGUUCUUGGGUACUCCAAGAGUUGAUAAAAAUAUUAAAUCUAGGGAGCAUGAUGGCCACCUAGUAGACGAUUCAGGCAGAGGAUCUGGAGCAUUAGUUUGUGCACCAAGUUUCAAUAGCAAACAAGCCAAAGCUAUUUACAGCAUUGCCAACCAACUGGUCCGUCUCGUUGGUUCAACUUCAAACUUGAGACCAGUUCUGGAAGCAUUGUACCACCGAAUGUUGCUAUACCCACCGGUACAACAUCGCGUAGAGCCAUUGCGAAGUGUUCGAGAACUCUUGCACAAUCCAAAGAGGCUAUGCCAACUUGUGCUCAUGAAGAAGGCGGAUCAUCCAGAACGUCAUAGUGAUGAUAUGGCUAUUGUAAGACUAAUAAUGGAUGGGAUUGAAGACUGUGGUCGAAGUGGUAACCCUGAGGUAGUAGCAGCUGCGGUCGAAUGUGUAUUCUCUCUCCUCGACGCUCUGGAGAAACUUUGUUCUGGAUCAGUGGAAUACCUGCCGCUGGACACGGCGACCCUCAUUUUGAAUCACUGGCCCAAACUCCAAGACGCUGAUUAUAGUGGACCUUUGACUUAUCAGACCCUGGCGAGAUUACCAAGCCCAUAUCGAGAUGUGGUUGCAGUUUUACAGAGUAAUGAAUCUAAGGACCACGAUUCUUCUGAUACCUCAGGCCCAGAAAAUGUAAGCUCAGGCAGUGAAGCCGAACCCGAUUCAGAUGCAGACAACGUCUUCCUUCCUUCCAGAGCAAACAAUCCAGCAUCACCCAAAAACGCACAAAAGGAACCGUUUAGUGACAAAACUAAAGCUGUACCAAAAACCUUGAAUCUUGGAAGAUGUACUGUAACAGAAUGCAACGUAGACUUGGAAAGGCAUAAUGCAAGGCAAUUUGUUAAAACUCUGCAGAACUCUUUGCUGCCAAAGUUGAUAAACCUGAGAACUUGUAUUGAAGUGGAUGAAGCAAUGCAAGACUUCGCAUCCAAAUGCUGUCAACAUAAUGCGUCACAACCACCGGCCACUGCUUGCAUCAUGAACGCUGAUGGCGUGUAUUUGGCUACGUACGCUGCACUACUUCUCACUUUGAAACAGCGUCGCACCAGAUAUUAUACUGAUACUAAUAAAAUUCCAGUGCCACUAACAGAAGACGAAUUUGUUGACGAAGUUCAAGGCAGCGGAGUUUUGGUAUAUUUAUCCGCAACUUGGCUACGAGAGCUGUACCAACAAGUCCUGGCCUCUGAUUUGUUGAAGGACGUAGCUAGUGCAGACCAUCCACUAAUACAUCUGUUAUCAGAUUUGGGAGGACUAGACCAGAACCCAGUUAUGUCAGAUUGGCAAAAACUAAAAGAAGUCUCCAUGGUUUAUAAUAAUACUAAUGAUUCACCACAGUAUCAAGCCAGCUUACGUUGGGCUAGAAGAAUUUUAACUUGUAUCUGGGAUUCAAUGGUGACGGUACUGAGCGUGCCUCUAACGGGGUACAGAAAUAAGAAACACAAAUUGCGUGGUAUGAUAACGACGAAGAUCAACACUUUCGGGAAGAGGAAGCGCAUUGCUUGGGAGGGAUUGACUAUACAAUGCUUAGAAGGAUUGCACAAGGCAGCACGCAUAAGCACAACUCUCAGCUUACAGAAUCGCUGCAGCAGUAUACUGGCCCUGCUGGCGAAUUCAGCAAUUUCACAACCUGCUAAUGGAAAAAUUCUGUCUACGCACGCCUUAUCACUGGAUAUUUUAAUUUCAGGCGGCCUGGAACUCGGGUCCAAAGCUCCGGAAUGCUGGGAGCACAUCUUCGCUGCAUGCCAGUAUGUCUCCAGCUUUGAGCACUCGUUGUUCGGGCAGCAAGGAAACAAUGCUACUCCUAUUGUCACCAUGCAAACAGGGAGAAAUAAGACCGUUUCCAUACUACAGGCCGAUGCUAAGUUGAUACUCGAUGGAAGAGAUGAUGAAACAUGUGUCGAUGUCUUCAACUUCUUACAACCUGUGCUUGAAAAUAACCCAAAUAAUGAUAUGUCCGUGGCGAAAAUUGUGGAAACUUGCAGACAAGAGGCAGGUAACGUGAUCUCUGGGUCAGGAGCAGCCAGGGUAUGCUGCGCCCUGUCUGCGGCUGCGGACGCCCUAUUCACACGUCUCGCUGCCACGACCACGUUGCCAACUUUGCGGGCAGCACUACAGAGGCUUGUGGCCCAUAACCAUAGAUUGCUAUUUUCCUCAUGGGAACAAGACGUAGCGAACAACAAUGCGACUUGGUGGCGUCGUGGCAAGUCGGUUACGGGGGGAGUUACAGGGGGAGGGGAAGCGGCGCGGGCGCUGUGCCGAGCGGGCGACGUGGCUUUGAGGUGCCUUCGCGCUGCAAGACCGUUAGCUCAUCGUAUGGCCAUAUGGACUGUGGUUGGACCUCACUUUAUGCAGGCUGCUUGCCAUAAGGAUAUCCAAAUAUCAAGCUUGGCCAUUCAAUGUCUGCACGAUUGUGCGACUGCAUUACUGAACCAACAAGUUGAACUGCCCCACUUCCACUUCAAUGAGGCUUUGCUGAAACCUUUCGAGAACCUACUAUGUUUAGAACUAUGUGAUGAUGACAUACAGGAACAAAUUAUUUCCUGUAUAUGUGAAUUUGUUGAAACAAAUAGAAUGGAAAUAAGAUCCGGUUGGAGGCCGUUAUUCAACACGCUCCGGGCAGCUAACAAUUCAAACCAAUAUUCAGCUAUUCUCGAAAUUUUCAAAGUAUUUUUAAAUACAGAUAACACUUUAGUAUUUGCAAAUGCGGCUCUUGACUGUAUUUUGUGUCUCUUGAGCCACAUAAAAGGAUUACAUUACGAUGAAGUACAAGCAACAGAAGUUAAACCCAAGAAAGUAACGACACCUCCCCAGCCAAAGCCAAGUCUCAGCCUUAAAUUUUCAAAGAACAGUAAAUUUAUACCUCUUAGUGAAGAAAAGUCUGAGAAAGUUAUCGUCGAUAUGUGUAGAGAGGCAUUAUAUCAUUUAGAAAAUUGUGCUGAUAUUUUAACAAUGAUGUAUAAUAUGCCUAAGUGUCCUAUUUUCAAUACAGGGAAUAGAAUUAAAGGGGAUUUGCCAUUAUCAGUAGUUGAUCCUAUAAUACCAAAUGAUUCUCUUGAUGUGACCAAAUACAUCGUUAACGAAAAUUGCGAAGAGGAACAAAUCUCUUACAGAAAAUUAUCAACAAGCUUACCACCUAUGAGUACGACAAACAAUUGCUUACUAAAAUUUGAUAAGCCUAGUAAUAUUUUUAAAGUAUGGUACGUUCUAAUUGAAGGAUUAAUAUCGGCUACAGUUGUGUGCUCUAAGAAAAAUCAACCUGCAGCUAUGGAAACUUUAUUCAAGUUACUCAAAAAUAUAGCUGAUGUUCCAGGAACACACUUUGGGUUUCAUUGUAUAAAUCAUUUACUCUUGCCAACCGUUCAAAACUGGUUGAGGCAGAUUAGUAAUGUAAAUACACAUUGGGAUAGCGUUAUGCCAAAUUUUAAACAAUGCUGUGGGAUGACUACUGAUACUAUUGUUGUGUACCUCCAUCAGUUGCAACAAAUUAAUGUUGAAAGAACCAAUGAUAAGGGUGAAGAAUUGGAACCAAUUGAAAGUUUAGAGGCGACAUUUGCUCUGAAGCAAAUAAUGUUAAUAUUAGUGGAAUGUAUUGCUCAACCGCAAGAACCGAUCGCUAGAUUAGGAGCUUCAUGUAUAAGACACAUAAUUUUAACUUCAGGCCACCUUCUAACAGACAAUCAAUGGGAAAUUAUUUGUAUAAGUCUACACAGAGCUUGCAAUGCCAGUCUGAGCCCUUUGAAGCAGCUAACUUAUGCAUUCAAUGAGAAUUCCAAUAGCUUUUACGGAGAUCUAGCUAUUGUUAAAGUAGCAGCAAGACGAGAUUGCUCUGUAAACGAUAAUGUAAGAUUACAUGCUAUGGCUCAACAAGUAUUUUUAACAGAACAACUGAGAGUUGACACUCAUACAAAACAAACUGGUAAAAACACCAGUCAAAACUUAAUUGAUGACAGAAGUUACAUAUUUCUUAUUUAUCUGCAAGAAUCUGUGAAUUCUCAUAAUCCUGACUUGUUCACGGUUAGAAUUCCUAACAGAGGAUUGGUGGUUGGACUCCUGGCUCAUCAAAUACUGGUUCAAAUUAUUGCAACUGUACUCAUUCAAGCCUCGUCGGAUGUAUUUUAUGGUAUAAAUAAUAUUUUGCUAGAAGGUUUUAAGAGUGGCACAAAUAUUUGUAAUUAUAAGUUUUUCCUAAAUAAGUCUAACAUUAAUCUUUUACUAAUGAGUUUAGAAUUAUCAUAUACCCGGGCGAUGCAGUUUGAUGCAAGACCAGGACUUAAGUUUCUCGUACAAAAAGUAUCAAAUUUAGACCACGCCGCUAAUUUAUACAAACAAACGUCUUCCUCUUGGCUGAUUAAAACUAUAGCCCUGACUGAAAUAUUUUUCAGUGGCGUAAUAAAAUUCAAAUUGAGAUCAACAGAUGUUUCUAUAAUAUUGAACAACUAUAAGACAACACUAAACAUGACGUUAGAGUACGAUCAAUUCGUUAUGAAAAUAUUCGACUUGAAAGCGACUUGGGAACUGUUAUGUUGUAAUUAUGUAAAACAUCUCAUAAGUGUUUCUGACUUCGAUAAUUGUGAUAAUAAUAAAGAUCGAAUCUCGUGCAGCUCUGUAGAAACAGAUUCUUCAUCGAAUAAUUAUGAACACUAUUUUUCACAAGAAACAACCGAACCAGAUAAAUUUAUUACCGAAGAUAUUUGUGAAUCUGAAGAGGUUGAAAUUGAAAAACCAAAACCUUUUACUUUUGCUGACUUUAAAGCAAACUCUGUAAACGAAGAUAACGCUACUGAAUCAUUUAAGUCAUCAAAUGAAAAUUUAAAAGCUGUAGAUGAAACUAGAGGCUUAGAGGAAUCUGAAAAUAAAAUCCAAAAGGACUCUAAUGACUAUGAAGAAAUAAAACAUAGCUCCCGUAAAUCGGCUGACUACCCUCAAAGUAAUAGAAGUCCAAUCAAAAUGAAACAACGUUCUGCAUCUGAAAAUAAUGAUAAUGCACGCAAAGUUAACAUCACCAUAUGUGACGGGCCUGCAUAUGACAAGAACAAACAUGUGGAACCAUUGAUCCCACCACAGCCAGUUCCACCAGAAAUAGAACAGCAAAGAACACUCAGUAUUAAUAAGGACAUUGAAGUGCAAAGGAAUUGUUUCCAGAACAUUUUGAUGGCGUAUCUUGAACUCGUUCUAACAUUUCCUUUGGAACGGUUUCAUGUAAUAUAUCCAGUCUUGCAGACGGGGUUCAUGCAGUUAGCUAAAACGGUCACUGACCCUCAACUUCUCGAUAGAAUCAACAUAUUUUUCGAUAAAAAAGACUUAACUGAAUUUAGAUAUAAGUAAUCAAUUAAUAAUAUAGUGAUAUCGGAACAAGCAUAUUCUUCUUAAUAUUAUAUUCUUCAAUAUUUGUUGUGCGUAAAUAAAACAACUAUAUCAUGAA